UGAGGUGGAAGUCGAACUAAGCAGCGAGAUCAGAUGCGCUAAGCGACCCCCUAUCUCGGCGUCGUCCUGCGAUAUCGGACCUUCUCCCGAAGCGCUGGACACGACAUCCCUCUACCGCAUCACCACUUUACAAAUAUGCAAUCGUGGACCCUGGAAGCCACGUGGAUUUCCAAUCGGUCCCUUGGAUGAUGGAUUCCAACAUCCGUUGGACAACUUUAUUUCAACCUCGCUCAAGUCCGCAUCCACUUAGACUACUUCAAAGCUGAUCACUCGCUCGGUCUCACCGAUGAGUCAAAGACAUCAUUCACGAUUGUCACGAUGCAGACAGCUUCGCUUUAUCCGAAAAGAGAGCUGCCCUGAUCCUGGGGCAGCGAGCAAUCCCCAUACCUACCGGAGGCCAGAUUCAAAUACGAAUAGAAAGUGCAGCGCUGAAUCCGUAGACUGGAAGAUUCCCGCGAGAGGCUUUCACGUCUCGAUCUACCCGGCGGUUCUGGGAUCGGAUAUCGCUGGGGUAGUCUCAGCGAUCGGACCGGAUGUGAAGAACUUCAAAGUUAGCGACAGAGCUAUGUGUCAAGGCGAUAUGCUCAAUCCCGACAAGUGUGCUUUCCAGCAAUACAUGGUCGUCUCGAGUAUCAUUGCCUGCAAUAUUCCAGAAAAUAUUACCAACGACGAGGCAUCAACGGUCUGUGUAGCCUCAAUUGCGGCUCGAGUAUCUCUAUUUCACGAAACUGGACUUGCCAUCUCCCCUCCGUUUUGGCCCGGAGUGCCAUCUCGGAAAAGGUCUGACAUGAUCUUGAUCACGGGAGGCUCAACGUCUGUGGGCCAGUACUGCAUUCAGUUCUGCGUUUUAGCAGGCUUCAAGCGCAUCCUCACCACUGCAGCCCUAAGAACUGCGAAUUCGUAAAAGCAGCGGGCACAACCCACGUAUUCGACCGGGAUGCCGAGAAUCUGAAUACGUAAAUACGAGAGAUCACUGGAGACGACCUCAUCUACGCCGUAGAUUCUGCGGCCGCCGAU